AUGACUUCGCGACCGCCCCGCUGUCACGGGCACUGCGCGGCCCCGAACCGUGCGCGGGCGGGCGGGAAACGUGCGCGCUCACGUGGGCUGGAAGUCCUCAUGUCGAGCGCUGUAGAGGGCGCGCGGGACAUGUGCCGGUUGCUGCUGCUGCUGCUGCUGCUGGCGCUGGCGGCGAUGGCUGCGGCCGCCGGGUCGGUGACAGGGGGAGCUGCCGUCCCGGGCUGGAGCGGUAGCGGGAGCCGGGCAGAAGGUGAUGUGGGAUGUAGUAAGGAUGAAUUCCAGUGCUUGAAUGGACUCUGUAUUUCUGUGCUGGUGUUAUGUAAUGGAAGAGACGACUGUAGCGAUUGGAGUGAUGAACAGAACUGUACUUUAUCAGAAAUAGCAGUGCAACUUGGAAAGUGUGGGGAGUUUGAGUUCCUGUGUGACACUGGACAGUGCAUCGAGCUACAAUCAGUUUGCGACAACUUUCCUGAUUGCACUGAUGGUAGCGAUGAGGCGAAUUGCAAUCAGAAUGAGUGCUUGGAAGCAAAUGGAAAGUGCUCUGAUUAUUGCUGGGACCUUCCUUUGGGUUAUGAGUGUGCUUGUCCAGCUGGAUUAGAGCUAAUAAAUCAUUUCACUUGUGUGGAUGUGGAUGAGUGUAGAGAUUCAAAUGUAUGUGACCAGAUUUGUGUUAACCUGCAUGGAUCGUAUAAGUGUGAAUGUUACCAACGGUAUCAGAGGGAUCCACACAGUGAUGCUUGCCGAGCUGCAGGAGAGGAGCCAUUUUUGAUUUUCACCAACCAUGGUAGUAUCAGGAAGCUGAACAUUAAUGGAAUGGAACAUGAAGAAUUAACUGACAGCUUGGAAAAUGCAGAAACAUUGGCUGUUUAUGUUGCAUUGUCAACAAUCUAUUGGUCAGAUGCAACUCAUGAGGGAAUAUUCAGCAAAUCUAUGGGCCAAGAAAGCAAGCAGAUUAUCAGUGAUGUGCAAAGAAUUGGUGGGAUUGCUGUGGACUGGAUAUAUGGCCACAUUUACUGGACUGAAGCUGCGGCUGGGACUCUAUCUUUUUCUACUCUGGAUGGACUGAGAAGGAAGACUUUAUUCUGUAUGAAUCUAGUGGAACCUGCAGCUGUUGUAGUCGAUCCAUACUCAGGGGUCUUGUACUGGGCCGAUUUGGGAGCGUCAGCAAAAAUUGAAAAGGCUGGGAUGGAUGGAGCUGACAGAAGGGUACUGAUCAGCAUUAGGAUUGAAAAACCCACAGGUCUUGCGCUAGACUUCAUUAAGAAUCGUCUCUACUGGAUGGACAGUGGACUGCAUGAGCUGUUUUACUCUGACCUGAAUGGGCACUUUCAAAGGAGUAUUCUUCAUUCCAAGAAAUACCUGACAAACCCAUUUGGUCUGGCAGUGUUUGAGAACCACAUCUAUUGGUCUGAUGAGGAAAGCAAGACUCUGUUCAGUGCUGACAAGUUUACAGGAGCUAAUGUGACAUCUCUGGCACAGAAUCUCACAGAGCCACGCAGUUUGGUCGUGUAUCACAAGCUGAUACAACCACUUGGGCAGAACUGGUGUGUUGAAGCUCAUGCUGCCUGCGAGUUCCUGUGUGUGCCAGCGCCUCACACUGCUCAACGUUAUGCAUGCCUGCGUCCAGACGAUAUGAAAUCAGAUAAGACCGGACGUAGAUGUGAAAUUGAGAUGAAUCGAGGCAUUUCACAGGACGAGGAAGUGGAUUCCAGCGCAUGGGAAGAUGACGGAGCGGAUUCCGGCGGGUCACAGGAGGAGAUGGAUUCUGGUCCAUCACUGGAGGAGGAGGGCGGGAAGUCUGAUUCAUCGGAGGAGGAAGGAGGGAAGACUAAUCUGUCGGAAAAGGAAGGAGAGAAAUCCAGUCCGUCGGAGGAGGUGGAAACCAAUUCCAGUCCGACGCAAAGGGAGGAGAAACCUAAAGCAGCUGAUCUGGCAUAUCUCGAUGCAGUAUCCGUAGGGAUUAUCGCAAUUAUAGUGGUCCUAAGUGGAACUGCAAUGUGCUGUGCUGCUGUCCACUGGAGAGUACUUUAUAGUCGCAACAAGGAACCGCGCUGCUUUUCCCCAGUUCCCCUCGAGGCAGAGAAUUCAUUGAUCUACAGCGAACAAGGUUCGGACGCCAUUUCCCAGCGCUCGUUGUUGUAAAGAUGAAGAGGCACACGUCUAUUGUAUGUGCGGGACUCGCAUUUCUGUCAGUAAUCUCCAUGGGCAGUGCUGCUCACAUGACUGGAUGUGCUAACAAUCAUCUAACAGUUAAUUUUAUUGCUCAGAGCCUUGAUAAAGUAUUUAUUUUUAAAGUUACAGUAUUAUUUAUUGCAGGAUUUAAUUUGGUGCCCAGCCAGGGAAUGUGUCAAAAAAUCUUUUCACUAAAUAGGAACCAUUUAUCCGAUUCCUCCACAGUCAAAUUAAACGCACAAUGAGCCUUCCAACUGCACUGAACAAUGUAAAAUAACUAUAAAGAGGUUUUUCGACAUAUUCCCUCAAUGUUAAUUCCAUAGAUUUCUGUGCAAUCGUCUUGUAAAAAUGAAAUUGAUUGCUGUUUCAAGUACGAUUUAGGAAUUUUGUCAGUCAAGUCCAAUGUUUCCAUAGUAGUUAAUAGAUAGCAAGUGUGCUUUUUGUGUUUUUUAACUUUCUCCCUUUAUAUUUGUGGCUAUUCCAGUCCUUAACUCUGAGCUAAGCCCCUUCACUGGGUGUGGUUCAUAGUUUCUUGGUGAGGAUCGACUACUGUAGGUUGUAUGGAGGUUCCCUUGCCCAUGAUUACCUGGCAAGUUCAAGUUAAAACCUCUCAUUGAUCUAAAUAUAAACCAUGUCUAAGAUUUUAAAUUCACACCAAAGCAUUUGAAAUGUUGCAAAUGUUAUCUGGAACUUGAAAGAGGAACAUCACAGCCUUGGCCAGUGUUGUCAAAAUAUUCCUAAUAGUUGAAACUUUAUGUGUCAGGUUCUGCUGCCUUAGAUUUGAAAGGUUGCCUGAAAUAGUGAACGGGUUGUGCACAAGUACAUUCUAACAUAACUGCAGCAAGGCAGUGAGCAAAGGAUCCAAUUCCAGAUCAAAUCUUCAACUGAAAAAUACAUGCCUAAUAGAAGCAGGAAAAAUGGACGACAAUUUACAUUACAUUUACACUCUGCCUAAAAGUGAAGUGGCUAUGAUUCAUAGAUUAUGUUGAAGGUGAAAAAUUUCUGACUGGAAUGACCUUCAUUCAUCAGUGUCCUUGUGGUGUCCUCUGUGGACCUCCCACCCUUUUCCUUUUUAAUUUGUUUGUUUAGUCUUUGUCGAUACCCUUAUUCUAUAAAAUUAAUACUGCCUUUAGGUUAAUACUUUGUCAAAAGCCUAGAAAGUGAUUGAUGUAUUUUACAUGAAAUGUUUCAUGUGCUGAACUUUUCCACAUCUUUGUGCUGUUUAUUUGCCCAUGAGGGAACUUGAAACAAAGUGGCCUUAGAUGUUAAAUGUAUCACCUGCAAAAAAAGCCAUAUUUUGCAUUUCUGUGCAUGGUCUACCAAUGUUGUGCUCACUGUAAAAUGUGGCACCAAGAAACUCUAUAAUUGCUGUGUGUUUGGAAUUAUUGUAAGUAUUGUGGGACUGAUAUUCAGUAUCACUGUGCAGAACUGUGGCAUUUGCACCAUUGCAGGACAACCCGCUACAUUUCUGAGUCGAAUAGGACUGGUAAUUGCCCACUGUAGCCAAAUUCACACUGCAGCAUAAACAGCAGAUCUUGGCAUUGAAGCAGUUAUAUCAAGAAUUAUUUCUGGUACAAAUAGUUACGUAGUGAUUAUGCACUUUAUUUACAAUCCAUACUUUGAAUAAAGUGACAUUAUUUCAGAGGUGCACUCUGGUAGCUAUGUGAGAUUCACCAGAGAUCUGUUGUGGCAGCAUCUUGUGUGUUUGUGUGAAUCUUGUAUAGGUGACACUUUGUUCUCUGCCCCAGGAUAAAUGUACGAGAUUAUUAUCAAUCAGUAAUGCUGGGGAAGUUUUAAAGGUGAGGAUUGUCCCCUUUACUAGGGAUAUUCAAACUUAUUGUUCUUCAAGAUGUAAUUAAUAUGUAUAAACAGCGCUAAAUUAUUAUUAGGUAAAGUGUUUGUGUUAAGACAUCGCUCAACAUUUUGUUGGUCUAUAGUGCCACUGGGACAGUUGCCCAAGAUGCAUGUACUGAAAUCACCUGAUCUCAGCUACACUAUCAGAUACUUCCAGCAACAUCGAAGUGUUGUACUUGCUGAUGUGGAGACCAGUGUUGAUUAUCCAAAUCCCACUUUCCUCUCUGCCAGAAAAUGACCAUUGAACUGCAUUGAUAAAGCAAAUCCCUCGGCAAUCCAUUCAUCUGAUAUGGACAACAAAGAUGCUGAAAGAGAGAACCCAUGAAAUCGAAGUGACUGUUCAUAAAACAAGAUAUUACUCUCAUUUGGCAACGAACUGUACGUCCAUUUGUGAACUGUCACAAUGACUUGGUUUGUUGCUCAGACCUCAUACACUCCUUCGUUUCUGUUCACUGCACUGUACUGGUGGGAUUUUAAACUACCCCACCCUUAUCAACUGUUCCCAACGCUGCCAAUUUCCAAUGAACACUGGUGACAAUUGGUGACUGGCCUGAGCUGCCAGUUUGACUUAAGGAUGUUCAAAAUCCCUUCGGCAUUCCCAUAACCUCCAGCAACACCUUUUAUUCUUUAUCUCUGAGCAAUUAGAACCACCUUGUUUACAUUACAAUUGUUCCUAACCAUUGAUGAAAAUUCAUUUCAUGAGUAUCAGCACUCUAGUUUAAAAAGGAAUGUGAAAACUGAUAUGUUCAUUGAAUCAAGUAUAUAAUAAUAACAUUGAUGCUAGUUGUUGGUUGUGAUUUAAAUUUCAGCAACAAGUUCAAGUUAAAGUUGUCAUAAAUCCUAAUUAUCAAUUUCCAUCAUGGUGAGGAGAAUUUGAUGUGCUCUACUGAACUGUCAACUGAUGUAACAAUUAUUCCCAGCAUCAACUGAUUAACUUCUAUUAAAACCAGGUUGAAAUCAAAAUGUGCCACUGGGUUAAAUAAAAUCUUGUGGAUCAUU